GCAUCCGUUGAAAAAGAGAUUGUCGUAGUGACUGAGCAGGAGGUCGCAAAGAAUACAAAAGCAACUAAAGAGCCACCUAAGGGUAAAUGGAGGCAGUGGAAAGUAUCAAUAUAUGCGAUCGAUGAAACAGGGGAAAAGUGUCCUCUAACUUUCGUUGAAAAAGUAGAAUAUAAUUUGCAUCAAACAUUUCUUAAACCGCGACAAGUUAUUCCUAAAGCACCAUUUAUACUCACUGAAAUUGGCUGGGGUGAAUUUGACAUGAAAAUAGUAUUUCAUUUCGUGGAUAAGAAUAUUCCGCCUUCGUCCAUAUACCAUGACCUCAAUUUCCAGAAACCUCUCUAUGAAGUCUCUUAUACAUUGCCUCUCAAAAAACCACACCUAGCAGACAAAAAAAAAUCCAAAUCUUCAACAUCCGUGUCCAAAUGGCAGAGAACAGACUCACCAGUCACUUCAACAUAUGAAUCACCUCAGUCUUCGCGUUCUUCGUGUUCAAUAGGUGAAUCUACAAAUGACAAAGAGAAUUGUCAAGUAGAUUAUAACAAGCUAGCCAAGAAUCUUUACGAUUUGGAAGGUGAUGAUAUUCUUGAGGUGAUACAUCUUGUAAAAGAGCAUCGAACAGGUGAAAUGUAUAUUAAUGAAGAUAUUGAAGGUAAACAUUUGAAGGAU